AUGUCUCAAAACGAAGUACCAGACGCCAAUAGGCGCCCGAAGAAACUUAUUUUUGCACCCGGUGAUAUAGCAACUACACCAAACCUCGACGCCUCGAAUCCCUUAACUCGAUCAAAGACCCCGGAACAAACCUCCGUCCCAUUCCUUAACCCAGUUGAAGCCCUCCGCUCUGAUACCUCAACCCCAAAUUCCACCACGGAAAACGAGAUCCUCUCCAAUCCUGCUCGCGCACACCAAUUUGGCACAAACCCACCUCUUACCGUCUCUCAAAUCCACGGCACAAACCCCCUCCACCAGUUCCACACCUGGUUCAAAGACCCUCGUCUCGCGCCUAGCUCCGCCCCAGAAACCUGUACUCUCGCCACAGCCGAGCUCCCCUCCGGCCGCGUUAGCGCCCGCACAGUCUACCUCAAAGAGCUGGACGAGCGUGGCUGGGUCGUGUACAGUAACUGGGGGAGUCGAGAAGGCAAAGGUGCGCAGGUCUUUGGAUGUAAUGAGAAGGAUAUUUUGGAACUAGGCUCCAUGCCCGAGCCAGCUGAAGCGGCAGCUUCUCAUCUUGGGAAUAGAUGGGGUGCGCUGACAUUUAGCUGGGCGAGUGUUGAGCGCCAGGUGCGUGUGGAGGGAAUCUUUGAGCCGCUUUCGAGGGAAGAGAGUGAACUUUACUGGAGGACUCGGGAGCGGGGAAGCCAGAUUGGGGGUUGGGCGAGUUGGCAGAGUAAGGUUUUGUGGUCUGCUGAGCCUGGUCAACUGGAAGCACAUCAGCGGCGGAAGAGUGUUGCGCGAGUGCAGGAGGCUGCGGCUGGUUCGGAUGCGUUGGUGGAUAUUGAGCGGACAGACAUUGAGGAUGGGCGCACACUGCUUGAGCAGCGGGUUAAGGAGAUGGAGGAGAGGUUUGCUGGUGUUAAGGAUAUCCCCUUGCCGCCGUUUUGGGGUGGUGUGCGUUUAGUACCUGAGUCGGUUGAGUUCUGGCAAGGUCGACGGAGUCGAUUGCAUGAUCGGUUUCGCUAUGUACCUGCUGAGGGUGAAGCCUUGGCUAGCGGUGCAUUCGCCGCGUUGAACGGACUCUUCGCGAAGCUAACAACGGAUCAACACACCACAUCAUUCGCGCAAUCCCUAGCACACCUUUUCGGCCUAGACUCCUCCCCAUUUCUAGAGCUACUUGUCCGCGGUGCUUGUCUUGGCCUCAAUGUUCUCUGCAAUAUUAUCAUGUGGGCUCUAUUCACCCGUGCUUUAACAGCUGGACCAUCUACGACCAAGGUUUCUAUCACGAAUACCGCGGCGAAUUUCCUGGCUACUGCGCUUUUUGGUAUGGUGGUGUUCCGUGAGGCGGUGGGUGGACUUUGGUGGCUUGGUGCAGCGAUGAUGGGGGCUGGAUGUAUUUUGGUAGGUAUGCGAGAUGGGGUUUGA